AUGGAGGACAGUGUCAUAUCUCGGGCUGAGUCACCCAUUGUGGAGAUUAAUGACCUGGAGAAGUUUGUCUUGACACCUGCAGCGCAAGGCGUGACAAUCAAAUGCAGAGUCACAAGAGACAAGAAAGGCAUGGACCGAGGCCUUUAUCCAACCUAUUACCUGCACCUGGACACAGAUGAGAGUAAAAAGGUUUUCUUGUUGGCUGGGAGGAAGCGGAAAAGGAGCAAGACAUCCAACUACCUCAUUUCAAUUGAUCCAACAGACCUGUCCCGAGGGGGAGAAAACUUCAUUGGAAAGCUCAGGUCUAAUCUGAUGGGGACUAAGUUUACAGUAUUUGAUAAUGGAGUCAACCCUGAGAGAGGAAAACACGGUCAUUCAAACAUACGUCAGGAACUUGCUGCCAUCACUUACGAAACGAACGUCCUUGGAUUCAAAGGUCCCAGGAAGAUGACAGUGAUUAUUCCAGCAAUGGAUGAAGACCAGGAACGCAUUCCCUUCCAACCACGCAAUGACAAAGACAGUCUGCUCUCAAGAUACCAACGUAAAAACAUGGAGAACUUAAUUGAGCUGCACAAUAAGGCCCCAGUGUGGAAUAAUGACACUCAGUCGUACGUGUUGAACUUCCAUGGGAGAGUGACGCAUGCUUCAGUGAAGAAUUUCCAAAUAGUCCAUGAGAAUGCUGUUGACUACAUUGUGAUGCAGUUCGGGCGUGUGGCAGAUGAUGCAUUUACCAUGGAUUACAGCUACCCGAUGUGCGCUGUCCAGGCAUUCGCUAUUGCCCUCUCCAGCUUUGAUGGGAAACUAGCGUGUGAAUGA